UAGGGCUGUGAACGCGUUAAGGUUACAGGCCAGCAGAUCUCUAAACAACAUCAUCAUCUCAUAAUCCCACCAUUUUCUCCUCCUUUUCCAUCUUCAUUUUUGACUCGACCUCGUCGUUUUCACAGUGAACUCUAGCAAUAUCACUACUCAGAAUUGAAAGUGUCUCCUCUUCCUCAUGGGUUUACUGGAGCAGUGUGAGGAGCUCUUCAAGACCUCUAACCUGUAUGAAGUUCUGGGUGUUUGUAAAGAAGCAUCUGACUCCGAGAUCAGACGCGGAUAUUAUAAAGUCUCUCUGCAGGUUCAUCCAGAUAGAGCUCCUGGUGAUGAGCUAGCCACCACCAAGUUCCAGGUGCUGGGAAAGUCUUAUGCAGUGUUGGCUGACAAGGACCAGAGGGCAGUCUAUGAUGAACAGGGAAUAGUGGACGAAGAGUCAGACACCCUUGAUCAAGACCGCAAUUGGGAGGAGCACUGGAGAAGAUUGUUUCCCAAGAUCACAUUGCAAGACAUCUUGGACUUUGAGAAGCAGUAUAAAGGCUCUGAUGAAGAGGUAGAAGACUUGAAGAGACUGUACCUACAACUUGAAGGUGACAUGGAUCUGAUCAUGGAGUCUGCGCUGUGCUGUACUUAUGAAGAUGAGCCACGUGUCAAAGACAUACUUCAGAAAGCCAUCGAUGCUGAAGAGGUGCCGGCCUACAAAGCCUUCACUCAUGAGAGUGCCAAGAAGAAGAAGAACCGUAAAAGAAAGGCGGAAAAAGAGAGUAAGGAGGCAGAGGAAAUGCAGAAGGAGAUGGGCUUGGACAGUGAGGACAGCCUGGUAGCUAUGAUAAAGCAAAGACAAAAGUCCAAAGAAAAAGGAUUCAACUCCCUUAUCUCAGAUCUGGAGGCGAAAUAUUGCAAGAAACCAGCAGCAGGAAAGAAGGACAAGAAAAAGUAGACCGAUUCACCAGACUGGGCUAUUCCUUCAAAAUGUUAUAGAAUUCAUCUUGUAAAUAGUAAUCAAACGAAUGCUUUAUAAUGGAUACUGACCUUUCUUAGGCAUAAAACACCUGUUUAAGGAUGCAUAUCAUGACUAAUAACAGGUGACACACACUCUUGUGCAUUUAUUACAGUGGUUUAGUGUGAAUCUGCUUCAUGUGCUCUUGUUUAGACCAGCUUGUGGAUCAAAUGCAAAUAGAAGAUUUGAAGUGUUUUGUAUAUAUGUUCUCCUGUUUCCUUACUGUUUCAUGUAUUAUCAUUCAUGAUCUUCUGAAUUAAUAAACUGGUUUC